AUGGCGGAGUGCCCCUCGCGCAUCCAAGAAAACACGGAGAGACAUCGGCUACAGCGCGCUCAAGACAGCGGCGACCGUUAUCGAUCACAACGUGCAAAUCUCGCUCAAGAAGACAACUCGGGCGACUACCUCUUCUCGAUCGGUGAAACGACAUCUGCGAAAUCGAGCGGCAUCUGGCUGGUCGACUCCGGGGCGACGCAGCACAUGACGGGCUCUAAGAAGUUCAUGCGGAACUAUAAGGUGUUUAACGCUGUUGAUGUCCAUUUUGCGGAUGAUGGAAUCGUCCAAGCAAUCGGCAGUGGGGACAUUGUUAUGUCGAUGAAGACACCUCAAGAGAUGAAGAAAGGUGUGCUCACAAACGUGUGGCACAUCCCAAAGUUAUCCAGAAACCUGUUCUCAGUCGGCCGCCUCACCAAGGAUGUCGGCCCAGUGAAGUUCACAAAGUAUGGGUGCUAUGGAGAAUCGAAAGGGACCAAGUGGAAAAUUGGUGCCCGUGAAGGUAAAGGACUGUUCAAGCUGCAAAUGACUCCAGUGGCGCCGGAACAAGCAAAUGCAGCCAAGUCGACGGGAUGUCAAGGGGGCACCAAGUCGUACCUCUGGCACCUUCGGCUUGGCCACAUAGGUCAUGAUGGACUCAAUUGCAUCGUGACGAAGAACAUUGGAAUUGGCAUCGACAUAUCUUCGGUGAAGAAGUGGGACGUAUGUGAAGGUUGUGCUCUGGGAAAACAGACUCGAGUGCGCUUCCAAUCGAACACUACAGCUCGCACCUCCAAACUGCUCGAAGUGAUUCACAGCGACGUAUGCGGACCGAUGUCGAUGGCAACUUUCAGUGGAAAGCGGUACUUUGUGACAUUCAUCGACGACAAGUCAAGAUACUGUGUCGUGUAUCUGCUCAAGAGAAAAUCUGAAGUUGCGGCGAAGUUCAUGAGAUACGCUGCGAUGGCCGAAACGCAAACCGGAAAGCGCGUGAAGUACCUUCAAAGCGACAAUGGGGGUGAGUACAAGUCCGACAAGUUGGCACGAUUCUGCGCGGAACGGGGGAUACAACAAAGGUUCACACCCCCAUAUACUCCUCAGCUCAACAGAGUAGCUGAGAGAAUGAAUCGCACGCUGGUCGAGUGUGCGCGCUGUAUGAUGGAGCAUGCUGGACUGGGAAAGAGAUCCUGGGGCGAAGAAGUGAUGACAGCGAUGUUUCUUCAAAACCGCUGUCCAACACGUGCCAUACACCAAGACAAGUCUCCAUAUCAAGUGUGGACGAUGAAGAAACCGAUUCUGGCCAACCUUAAAGUGUUUGGAUGCCACGCGUAUGUUCAAGUGCCUCAAGACAAACGCGCGAAAAGUCAAAUCGAUCUCGAGGAAGUGUUAACAGGAGCGAUCAAGAUCAGUCGCGAUGCCACGUUCAUGGAAGACAAGUUUGAUGAAGGUCCGCGCAACUACAACGAUGAGUCAAGUGCCGUUCAGUUUGACGAUUAA